AUGUGGGGAAGAAUCUUCUUUUGAAAUUUCUUGAUUCCUGUAAAAUAAUUUUACAAUCAAAGACUAUUCAUUAUCCCGAGAACAUAGAUUAGAAGGCUGGAAAGUAGUAGUCAUGAAUUCCUCCUCUCCAAUCAAUCACAGUGUUCCUGAGAUCAAACGCUUGCAAUAUGUCCAGAGCGAAUUGAGAUUAUUACAGAAUACCAGUGAAUUGGAAUUGGACACUGUGGAAGAUCUAAGGAGGAAACUCUACCAAGCCAAAAAAGAAAAACUGGACAUAACGACCAAACAUAACCAAGAUCUGUCUAAUUAUGAAAGCCAGAUCGCCAAGUUACGAUGUGAAGUUGAGAAAGGAGAAGCUGUUCGACAAGGUCUGGAGUAUGAACUAGCUAUUGCUAGAAAAGAUGCUGGUCUUGAAAGAUACUCUGCAGAAGAAAAGUUAAAUGAAGCCAACAAACGACUUGGACAACUGCAAGCAAUUAAUGCAGAGCUUCAAAAGAAAGUGACAGAGACUGAGAGAGCCUUUCGUAUUGCUCAGCAGAAGUGGAAAGAGCAUCAGCAAAGACUUGCAGCUGACUUAGAGGAGAAAGAUAAAAUCCUCAAGACCUGUAACAGUGAAUAUGAAUUGCUUCUGAAGGAGAGGACUAAAUUGGAAAGUGUUCUACAGAAGUUUGGGAGACGGAGAGGUUGCAUCUGGAGACUACAUCUGGUGGAAUUUGGAAGAGAAUCUGUUUCAAUUUCUACUCCCUACAGUAUUACGUUUUCAACUCUGCUUACCAAAAUAAAAUAUUAUAGUAAACCCUGGGCUUUUUUUCAGGAGCGAAAUAAUGCACUACAGAGUAUGUGCAAGAAAAUAAAAGACCUAGAAUUGGAACAUAAUGACUGCCCUGAGAUCCUGCGGCGACAAGCCAGUGAGCUUGAAUACAGUGCAGAACGAGAGGAGAAACUUAAAAAAGAAUUUGAGGUAGCUACAGUGAGAAUAAAGACGUUAGAAGAAAACAUUGAAGCAGAGAGAGCAGCACAUCUGGAAUCCAAAUUCAAUUCUGAAAUCAUUCAGUUAAGGGUUCGAGACCUUGAAGGGGCUUUACAAGUGGAAAAAGCCAGCCAAGCAGAAGUUCUCUCAGAUUUGGAAAUGAUCAAGAAAGAGUUCAAAGAGGUAGAAAAUGCAUAUGAGAGAGAGAGACAUAAUGCCCAAAACAGUUUAGAGAAACUCAAUAAGUUAGAAAGAGAGUACUUUUCUACAAACAAGCAACUAAACGAAGAGAUCAAGGAAAAGAAGAAAGUAAUUACAGACCUCUCUGUGAGACUUCAGGAUAAUGAAAGACAUUGCCACGAAUUACAGGAAGAUCUUGCAAUGGCCAAGAAACACCAGUCCUUCCUAACAGAGACAUGUGAAAACAACCUAAGAGAGCUCAAGUUACUGUUGGACAGCUUUACCAUGUCAAGCCAGCGGACAGCAGGCACUUGCAAGGACAAAGAUAAACCUCCAAGCCUCUCUGUUGUCCUUGAGACUUUGAGGCAUACCUUGACAGAUUACCAGAACAAGCUGGAAGACUCAUCUAAUGAGCUAACAAAAAUGAAAGCUUCUUGUGAAAAGAUGACAGAAGAGCUUGAUUCAUUCAAACAGAAAUUAGGGUCUCAAAGUCAAGACCUUGAGGAAGCUUGGAAUAACCUGACUGAUGCCAAUAAAGAGUUAAAUCAUUUGCGCACUAAGUGUGCAGACAGAGAGUCUUUAAUAGGCACUUUAAAAAUGGAACUACAGAAUGUACUGCACUGCUGGGAGAAAGAGAAAGUGCGUGCCACAGAUUCUGAAAACGAAAUCCAGAAGCUUACCAGGGCUUACCAGAAGGAUACAGAGGAGAAGCUAACCUUCCUUCACACUCUAUAUCAACAUUUGGUAGCAGGCUGUGUGCUUAUAAAACAACCAGGAGGCAUGCUGGAUAAAUUCUCCUGGCCUGAGCUUUGUGCAGUCUUGCAGGAGAAUGUUGAUGCCCUGAUCUUAGACCUCAACAGGGCUAAUGAGAAGAUAACUCAUCUAGAAUAUAUUUGUAAGAAUAAGUCUGAUACCAUGAAGGAGCUUCAGCAGACACAGGAAGACACUUUUAACAAAAUGGCUGAACAGAUGAAAGCACAAGAAAGCUGUUGGCAGAGACAGAAAAAGGAGUUGGAGCAGCAGUACUCUGGACUCCUUGGGGAAGUUCAGGCAAGGGCACAGAAAUAUCAAGAAAUGGCAGAAAAAAACGAGGAAAAAAUUUCUGUGAUUGAAAGCGUACGGGAGAAGUUGGUCCUUGAACAUUCCCACUUGAAAAGUUCGUUAACCCAGGCUCAAAAGGACUGCUCAUCUCUGCUUGCAGCCUGUGCACUAAUGGCUGGUGCCUUCUAUCCUCUAUACAGCCGAACUUGUGCCUUGUCUACACAAAGAGACUUUCUGCAGGAUCAGGUCCACACCUAUGAAGCACUCAACCAGGAAAUUAGGACUCUUGUUCAUGCUUUGUCUGGCAUAGAGGAAAAGAAGCAAGAUGAACUGAAGAUAAAGAAAAAACACUUCAAAGGCAUGAUAUGUGUAUUCCGGAAAGGCGUUAUUGCAGUUCUGGCAGCAAACAGGCUUCAAAUUUUGGGCCAGUCAUGUAGUUCUCUUUUCUCCUGGGUAGAUGGUUUCAGAGAAGGUGUAGGAGUCCUUGUUUGCAUAGGACAGUCCAAGGACAAGUAUGAUUUGCCAAAACCUCAAAAGGAACAGUUGCGUUGUCUUGAAGCUCUCAGCUGGUUUGCGAGUUCUGACCUCCUUGCUGCAAUAAUAACUUCUGUUGCUGAAUUACAGGAAGUUGUUGGCAAAACAGAUCCAGAUUCCUGGCUUUGUGGGCCCUUACUCAUCAGUGCAGCCAGGAAUUCUUUUUCAAAGCUCAUGGACAAAUUUAACAUAAUAAUGGAGACUGUACAACUGGAUAACAGCAGGAGUAUUACGUAUAUAGAGAAGGACUCCUUGGUGCAGAGACUAGCUUGUGGACUUCAUAAAAUAAAUGCACAGGCCCUGAAAGCUGGAUUAAAUGAAAGAGUACCCAUUACGAAAAGCAUAGCAUCUCUGCAGAAGCAAAUAUUUGAAUUUACACAAAGGCUGCAUACAGCAGAAGUGGAACGUCGUUCACUCCGUUUAGAACUUGCAGAAUUCAAACAGAAUUUGAAUGAGAUGAAAAAAGAGGCUGACAAAGCCCAGAACCUGCAAGAGCAAUUAAAUGCGUUUAAGCAAUCUAAACUGAUCACCCAUGAGAGGUUUGAAAGUGCAUGUGAGGAAUUGAAUAAUGCAUUACAUCGAGAGCAGCAGGCACAAAUGCUUUUGAACGAGCAGGCACAACAGCUGCAAGAGUUAAAUUACAAACUAGAAUUGCACUCCAGAGAAGAAGCAGACAAAAACCAAAUCCUGAGUGAAGCUGUAAAGAGUCUCUCCGAGGCAAAGAUGGAGCUGAGAAGAAAAGAUCAAUCUCUGCGUCAGCUCAAUAGACAUCUUACCCAGCUGGAGCAGGACAAGCGUCGACUAGAAGAGAGCAUCCAUGAUGCAGAGAGUGCCCUCCGCAUGGCAGCAAAAGAUAAAGAAUUAAUUGCUAGUUACAUGAAAUCAGUGGAAGCCACCCUUCAAAAGGUCAGAGAUCAGAUCUCGCUGUCACGGACUGCAGCAACCAGGAAUGACUUCACCCUGCAGCUACCCAAACUGCACCUGGAGACCUUUGCAAUGGAAGGGCUGAAGGGCGGGCCAGAGGUUGUAGCAUUUCAGGCCGUGGUUAAAAGUUUUAUGAAUGUCUACCAACUUGCAAGCUCUGGAGUUGCUACACUAGAGAGAGAAAUAGCAUCUCAUCGACAUCACAUUACAGUUCUGAAAUCAGAGCUCCAAACAGCUUGUCUUCGUGAAAAUGAAAGCUUACAAUCAAGUUCACAAGACAGUUCAAACAUCACCAUGGCUUCCAGAUCAGUGCUUCAGCCCGAUCAGAGCUGUAUUCCAGAUUUCUUGCCAUUGCAAGCUGAGCCAGAUACAUCGUACAGCUUUACACACAAUAGAUCCCCUUCUCAAUCUUCAUCCUUUUCCUCUUCCCUGAAUGUCUUGGCUAACCCCAAAAGGACUGUACAGAAUGGAUUUUAAGAUUCUUUAUACUGUAUUUCUAAAAGAACAGGUUGUAUCCACAUUAAAUGAUUCAAUUAAAAUAUUUUAUUGGGAUAUUUUACCUUUGAAUUGUAUUUUAUACUACGUAUUCUUUGGCAUUCAUUUUACAUUUGUGUGAAAUCAGUGCAUUUGUUCAUAUGUCCAUGUUUCCCAGCUUCUCACUCUUUACAUAGCAAAACAGUUAUUUUUUAAAGUUUUAUUUAUUACGGUUGUUCAUUUUUAUGUAAUGUAUUUUUAAAUGUUAAAGAAUGACACAUUUUGGGUAAUUUUCCUCAGACUUAAAAAAAAUCAAUAAGCCAUUUUAGUCUCUAUCUAUCAAAGUUGUUUCAUACUUGUCUAUUUUAAAGCAGGACUGCAAUACUUUAAUAGGAUUGAGAGAGCUAUUUGAAAUGUAUGCCAAUGAUUCCUGUCAUUUCAUGGCAGCCCUGCCAUGGUUCACUGAGCCCCCUCUUCUCUCUUGUCAGCUCAGCUGAAGACAAGCAUUUAGUUGCAAACUUUAAGCAGGUUGUGCAAAACAGAAAUGAUGUGACUGCUUCUCCUCCUGCACAAUAAUGUCACUCCUGGUCAAUGUGAGAAGGUCAGGUUGCUCCUUGUAAAGCUACAUGAUACCACUUGCCCAUUUGAACAAGUUAAGUUAACUGCUGAAUCUGGUCCCUGCAGGCAUUGAAAACUCAUCCUUUUAUCAAGUCUGCAUUUGAUAAGAAAGUAGAGCAAUCGUGCAGGGAGGAUUUCUGAUGAUAUGUUUAUGUACUUUAUAAGGACAGUUCCCAAACCAAUGUUGCAGGUAAUAUAUUUAGUUUAAGCAGAAAGACUUUAAAGUAAUGGCUGUUUUGACCUUCAAAAUAGACUCCUUUUUUGUUGUUGUUGGUAGGA